AUGACCGCCAUCCCAGUCCACACCAAAGAGAGAGGGUCGGCACCCUCUAGCCUCCCGAGAACCCCUCGCUCUCUAGACACCAUCUCCCUAGACGUCGUCAUCCCUCCCCCGUCCCCCCUGCGUGUCGGCGCACGCGUAGUGAUCCACAGCCUCACCGGCUGCAGCCCCCAAGGCGCGCGAGGCCAAGCGGAGUACAACGCGGAGAGGACUGGAGUCGAAGGACCUAUCGUUGGAGUCCGGAGUAUGGAGCUGGCGGUGACAGAGUUCAUCGUUAAGAACGACAACCUGAACUCGACGACCAACUACGCUUACCUCACCAUACAACACCGCCAAGGAGUGACCGUCCAGCUGGAGGCGUGGCGCUGGGUUUGGCGUACCCUGUCCCUCCCUUUCCUCCACCACACGAGACACGUCCCGCUCGACCACGAAGCCGUCAUCACUCCACGGGAGUACAACAUCGAACGCGCCCUCGAGAACAGAGUCGACCGAAGGGAGGACGGGGCCUAG